UAAUGUUCUUAGUUUUAUGCUGUGUUAUAAUUUUAAGUGAAAAUGUUAAUGCAGCUACUGAAAAUCAAGCUUGUAGUGAGGGAGAGACAAUAUGCGCUGCGCCCAAUGUGGAAAAGAAACUAUAUGCAAUUAAGCAGCGCAUAGCACAGGCUAUGGCUAACUACGAGAGCUGCAGCACUGACGUUGCUGACGUCAACUGCACUUGCCACGCUGCUGUAAUAAAAAAAGAUCUGGCGCCAUAUAAAUCAACAGGUCUCAGUCGUAAAAUGUUGGAAAAUGCCGCCAAGUACGGUACACGUUAUAAGAUCUAUAAACAGCAGCUUUAUCGAGAUGAAAACUGCAUGUUUCCAGCACGUUGCCAGGGCAUAGAGCAUUUCCUGUUGCAGCUGCUCCCACAAUUGCCGGACAUGGACUUGGUCAUUAAUACCAGAGACUAUCCGCAGCUGCAGUCAGCUUUUCGUGGUCAGGAUGCAGCUGUAUUUAGCUUUUCCAAAACGCAGGAGCAUCACGACAUCAUGUAUCCAGCUUGGACAUUUUGGGCUGGUGGCCCAGCGACCAAGCUGCAUCCUACAGGCAUUGGACGCUGGGAUUUAAUGCGUGAGAAGCUGCGCAAUAGCGCUGAUGCAAUUGCCUGGAACGAUAAACAAGCGUUAGGCUUCUUUCGGGGCUCACGCACUUCGGAUGAGCGUGACUCAUUGGUGUUGCUUUCGCGCCGUCGUCCCGAGCUUGUGAAUGCACAAUACACCAAAAACCAAGCCUGGAAGUCGCUCAAAGAUACGCUGAACCAAGCGCCCGCCCAGGAGGCUUCUUUUGAGGAUCAUUGCCAGUACAAGUAUUUGUUUAAUUUUCGCGGAGUCGCCGCCAGCUUUCGUCUAAAGCAUUUGUUUCUCUGCAAAUCAUUGGUGUUUCAUGUAGGCGAUGAAUGGCAAGAAUUCUUUUACCCACAGCUGAAGCCUUGGGUGCACUAUGUGCCACUGCAAAGUUAUCCUAGCGAGCAGCAGUAUGAAGAGCUAAUAGAGUUCUUCAAAAAUCAUGAUGAGCUUGCUCAGCAAAUUGCUACAAAUGGCUACGAUUUCAUCUGGCAGCAUCUGCGCAUGGAAGACAUAUCUUGUUAUUGGCGUAAGCUGCUAAAACGCUAUAAGAAACUUUUAAAGUACGAGGUGCAGCCGGAUAAACAAAUGAAGUUUGUAGGUGGUGCUAAAGAUGAAUUGUAAGCUAAGUUAGUAUUUAUGUUUAAUGUAUAACUACACAAAUGUCUCUCAUGGCGAAAUAAAUAAUUGUA